AUGAGCAAGCGUUCCUACGAGGAGUCAUUGUCCCACGGUGGCUCACCACCAGAGCCUAUUAUCGAUAACAGUCAUCAUAAUGGCCUGUUGCCCAUCAAUGACCUCUUGUCACCAGAACCAUCGCAAUCUAGUGGUUCGGUCAAGAAGCCGAGGAACUUCAUUGCUACCGUAGCAUGUGAGACCUGCCGGCUCAAGAAGACCAGAUGCGAUGAAUCGCGGCCAAAAUGCGGACUAUGCAAGUCCCUCGGCCUGGAGUGCGUCUACAAUGAGCGCAAGUCCUCCAAGCGGGAUCAGUCGCUCAGCUUGAUCAUGAGCACCCUGCACCGCUUGGAGACGAAACUUGAGCAUGUCUCCUCGGCAGUCUGCAAUGAGAUGCAGCCGAUCCAUCAGCAGAUGCUGCAUGCGCUUGAGGGUCUGAGAGAUGGGACUACCCCAAGCCACAGCCAUCGUGACAGUGACAAGCAUGCAUCUCUGUCGAAGCCCUUGCCGCAGCAUCCUACUCCGGACAUGGGGGAGCCGGAUGACUUUGUGUUCGACGAACGGCCCAACGUGGUGAACGCCAACGGCCAUGUAUCCAUCUCGUUUAGCCAGCACGGUGUAAUCCUUUGGCCAGGGGCCCGGGAAGUCCUGCCACAGCGAUUGCUCGAAGCUCACGAACGGCUUGGGAACAACUAUGUGAUCAACAUGGAAUCGAAGCGGCCUCUUCUCCCCAUGUACAUCUGUCCAUACCCCCCGCAAGCCGGGGACAGUUGGCUAGAAUCGCUUCCUCUAGCGAUGAUCAAAGGUCUUUCGGACGCUUUCUUCGCUACUUUCAACCCCUUCACGCCGAUCAUGGACAAGAACUUUUACUUUGCUUUCACCCUCGGGGCGGCCAUCGAGAAUGGCUUUGGCUACACGAUGGAAGCCUGUUUGGUUCUCAACGUCAUGGCCUUGGGCUGUCUGGCGGUCCUGAGCCACCGCGAAGGGAAUUAUCCGCUACCAGGCACUCGAAGCAAUCGGUUCGAGCCGCCGGACUGGAUGGGAGUCAUCCACGAAGAGCCACCAGGUUUACGCUUUUUCAACGAAGCUCGUCGGCGCAUUGGCUUUUUGAUGUGUGACAAUGAUAUCCAGAGCUGCCAGUUCUACUUGCUAGCCUCGGUCUACUACAACCAGAUUCUUCGUCCGAUGGAUUCAUGGGCCAUGAUCCACCGCGCUGCCACAAGCUGCCUGUCGAUGCUGACCAACCACGAUGUCAAUUUUGACGAGUGGGAAGGUGACAUGAAGUCGCGAGUCUACUGGAACUGUCUUAUGAACGAGACCAUCCUUGUCCAAGAGCUCCAUCUUCCACCCAGUGGUCUAGCCCGCCUGGAGGAAUCCGUCCCUAUCCCCAAAUUCAUCCGGUUCGAACCCGCAGGCUUCGUACCGACCCGAUAUUCAUCCUCCGAAGAAAUCGACGACUCCUUCUUCCAAUAUCACUUUCUUGCGCAGGUCGCUCACCGUAUCAUUCUCACUCGCAUCCGCCAUUCCUUGUACUUCUACUCCGACUCGGGAACCUUCCCCCUCCCCGCCGUCAACGCCGAGCUCCGCCACCAGCUCGAACAAUGGCGCAUCAAUCUCCCUCCCGCGUUGCAAUUCUCCGAUCCCCAAGCUAGCACCCCCCUCGAUCCUCACCUGUCCCCGAUUCCGAUCUCCCCGCUCCCCAUCGACCCUAACCGGCCCCUCUCCCCAGCCGCAGCCGUCAUAGAGGCAAUGCUGCGCGGCCGCUACAUGAUCGCCAACUUCCACAUCGGCCGCCCCUACCUGUACAAAGCGCUCCGCGCGCCCACCGCCCUCACCACACACGACCUCGAACAGAUGCGCAGCGGCCUCCGCCACGCAAUGGACUGGCCAAUCGUCGGCGGCAUCUUCCGCAAGAUGAAGAGCUGCAUCCCCAUUAAAUUCGCCUUUUGCUCCCAAUUCUUUGGCCAAAUCCUCCUCUUUUACUGUAUCUCCAACCACCCAGACCCCCGUUUACGAGAAACCCUCCCCGUCGGCUGGGAACGGUGGAACGACGAGAUGCUGCGGUUCCUGGAGGACUGCGCGCCGUAUAGCCCCGCCGUGGCGAAGGAUCUGGAGCUCCUGCGGCUCUUACUGUAA